AACUGGACACAGUUGUAGACAAAAGGUGUUCGACACGCCACGUGCGCGCGCGCCUCUCGGCAGAUGUGGCAUUAUAGCUGCUGAGCGUUGUCUCAGGGCCACAUAGCGUUGGCUGUGGCGUGACGUCGCGCCACCCCGCGCUCCACACGAAAUGUUUUGUCUCACUCUACUCUACCAAGCUCUGGAAUAAGCGACGCAUGUGGCACACAAACGCAAUUACAUCAGUGCGCCACGAGUUGAGUAGAAGAUCAUACAGUGUUGCGUUUACAAGUUUAAUAUUUCUAUAAUUUGGAUACCCAAUCACAUACGCAAAAUAAUUAUGAAAGAUGAUCGAGAAGUGAUAAAGCAGUUUGUGAAGAUUAUAGAAAGGUAUCCAGAUAUUUACGAUCACAAUUCGGAUACAUAUAGGCGAUGGUGUGCAGAAAAAGCUUGGAAAAAAGUCGCAGAUUGUGUAAGAACUGAAUUGAAAGAAGAAUGCAAUGUUGACGAAUUGAAAACAAAAUGGAAAGGUAUACGAUCGUCAUAUAAUAGAUAUAAACAUAAACUGUUUAAAAGCAAGAAACCUAUACAAGCAUAUUAUCUGAGUAGCGUAUUGGAAUUUUUGGAUCCAUUCAUUAAGCCCAAGUUAACUCUGGCAAAUGAGACUUUAUCUGAGCUUUCAAAUGAGUCAUUUAACAGCGAAACGAAGAUGACUAAUAUAGAUGCCACCAAUGACUAUGAACAUAGUAUAGAAUGGGCAGAUGUCAAUAUACAAUCACCAAAAAUGUUAAAAACAGAAGAUUUCAGUGACGGUUAUUUAGAAUCUGAAGCAGAGACAUCGUAUAGUAAAUAUAAAAUUGAAGAUAAAGUUGAGGAUGAUGGUAAUGAAGAUUUGCAAUUUUUUAAAAGUAUAUUACCAGAUAUAAAAGAUUUUACUUCAAAAGAGAAACGUGAUUUUAAAAGAGGAGUCUUAAAUUUAAUUGAUGAAAUAGAUAAUAAUCGUAAAAAAUAAGUUAACUACUUAUCUGUAAAUAUAUUAUUAUUUGAUUAAAAGUAAUGACAUCAGG